AUGGCGGAAGCCAUAUUGGACGGUCAUGAGAAACGACAUGGCCGAUCCCCAUCACUUGUCAGCUCCUCAACAGAAACUGGAGACGAUAGCCGGAAUGCUACCCUGACCGAGCUGGCUCCGGUAGUGACCCGACGCGCUUCCGUUGCCCCCGACGAAGCCCGUUAUCUCACUCAGUUGGCCAGUCGUGACAAUGCAGUCUCGCGAGUCAACACCUUAGCGGAAAUCUCACUGGAUGAUCCGGCUUUGAACCCUGACAACAAAGACUUUGACCUGUACAAAUGGUUGCGGAAAGUGGUACAUGUCCUCAACGAGGAGGGCGUUCCUCGGAAAAAAGCCAGCAUCUUCUUCCAGCACCUCCGUGUUUCGGGAACCGGGGCAGCCUUGCAGCUGCAGCAGACGGUGGCAGAUCUCUUUACUGCCCCUUUUCGACCAAAGGAAACCUUCAACUUUGGAAGCAAGACCCCCAAGACCAUUCUCCAUAAUUUUGAUGGGGUGUUGCACAGUGGGGAGCUGUUAAUCGUGCUGGGUCGCCCCGGCUCCGGAUGCAGUACCUUUUUGAAGACUCUUUCGGGAGAGCUAAAUGGCCUGCAUGUCGAUGAGAAAACAGUCUUGCACUACAGUGGCAUCCCGCAGAAGACUAUGAUCAAAGAGUUCAAGGGUGAAGUCGUCUACAACCAGGAAGUCGACAAGCACUUCCCCCAUCUGACAGUCGGCCAGACGUUGGAAUUUGCUGCAUCAGUGCGCACCCCAGCCAAACGACUGCACGGGAUGUCCAGAGCCGAGUACGCCCAGCUGAUGACCAAAGUGGUUAUGGCCGUCUUCGGCCUCAGCCACACCUACAACACCAAGGUCGGAAACGACACUGUCCGAGGUGUGUCGGGUGGUGAGCGCAAGCGUGUCAGUAUCGCAGAGAUGGCCCUGGCCGGUGCUCCUCUGGCUGCCUGGGACAACUCGACUCGUGGUCUGGAUUCGGCGACUGCCUUGAAGUUUGUAGAGUCCCUGCGACUCGCUGCGGACCUGGGCGGCUCUGCACACGCUGUAGCCAUCUAUCAAGCCAGUCAGGCUAUCUAUGACCUGUUCGACAAGGCCGUGGUGCUGUACGAAGGACGUCAGAUUUACUUUGGCCCCGCCAGCAAGGCCAAGGCGUUCUUCGAGCGCCAAGGAUGGUUCUGCCCUCCCCGCCAGACUUCUGGUGAUUUCCUCACCUCGGUGACGAACCCUGUGGAACGACAAGCCCGGCCAGGCAUGGAGUCAAAGGUGCCCCGUACCGCGGCCGAAUUCGAGGCCUACUGGCACCAGUCCGAUGAGUACAAAGCACUUCACCGUGAGAUGGCCGUUUAUCAAGGCGAAGUGUUCUCGCAAUCCCAGGAAAAGCUCCUCGAGUUCCAGCAGCAGAAGCGCGAGGAGCAGGCUUCCCAUACCCGUGCCAAGUCCCCAUAUCUCAUCAGUAUCCCCAUGCAGAUCAAGCUCAAUACUAAACGGGCCUACCAACGGGUGUGGAAUGAACGUACAUCCACUAUCACUACAUACAUCGGCAACUGUAUCCUCGCCUUGAUCGUUGGUUCUGUCUUCUACGGUACACCCACGGCCACUGCGGGAUUCUACGCCAAGGGUGCGACAUUGUUCUAUGCCGUGCUGCUCAAUGCCCUGACCGCAAUGACCGAAAUCAACAGCCUGUACUCCCAGCGACCCAUCGUCGAAAAACAUGCCUCCUUUGCCUUCUACCAUCCCGCCACCGAAGCUAUUGCAGGAGUGGUCAGUGAUAUACCGGUCAAAUUCCUUAUGGCAGUCGCGUUCAACAUCAUCCUGUACUUCCUCAGCAACCUUCGUCGCGAGGCGUCCCAGUUCUUCAUCUACUUCCUCAUCACGUUUAUCAUCAUGUUCGUCAUGAGUGCUGUCUUCCGGACCAUGGCCGCGAUUACCAAGACUGUAUCUCAAGCUAUGACACUAGCCGGUAUUCUCAUCCUCGCGCUGGUGGUCUAUACUGGGUUUGUCGUGCCUGUUGGAUAUAUGAAGCCGUGGUUCAAGUGGAUUCAUUAUCUCAAUCCCAUCUUCUACGCUUUUGAGAUUCUAGUGGCCAACGAGUUCCACGGCCGGGAAUUCACUUGUUCUGAGUUUGUCCCGGCUUAUCCCGACCUCACGGGCGACUCCUUCAUCUGUUCCGCGCGAGGUGCUGUCGCUGGUCGUCGGACUGUCAGCGGAGAUGCCUAUAUCCAGGCUUCCUUCAACUACAGCUACUCACAUGUCUGGCGAAACUUUGGUAUUCUCAUGGCGUUCCUCAUCGGUUUCAUGACAAUCUACUUUGUGGCCACCGAACUCAAUUCGUCGACCACCAGUACGGCUGAGGUCCUGGUGUUCCGCCGGGGCCAUGAGCCCGCCUCUCUGAAGAACGGACAGGAGCCCAGCGCGGAUGAAGAAGCAGGCUCCGAAAGAACUACCGUCUCAUCGGCUGGUGAGGAAAACAAGCAGGACCAGGGGAUCUCGUCGAUCCCCCCUCAACAGGAUAUCUUCACCUGGCGCGAUGUGGUCUACGACAUUGAAAUCAAGGGCGAGCCUCGCCGACUGCUUGACCACGUUUCAGGCUGGGUGAAGCCAGGUACGUUGACGGCAUUGAUGGGUGUCAGUGGCGCGGGUAAGACUACACUGCUCGACGUUCUGGCACAUCGAACCACGAUGGGAGUCAUCACCGGCGACAUGUUCGUCAACGGACACACACUGGACUCGAGCUUUCAACGCAAGACGGGCUACGUUCAACAGCAAGAUCUGCAUCUUGAGACGGCUACGGUCCGUGAGAGUCUGCGUUUCAGCGCGAUGCUGCGUCAGCCCGCCUCUGUGUCCAAGGAGGAGAAGUAUGCGUAUGUGGAGGAGGUUAUCAAGAUGCUCAACAUGGAGGAGUUUGCGGAAGCCGUGGUCGGUGUUCCGGGCGAAGGUCUGAAUGUCGAGCAGCGCAAGCUGCUCACCAUCGGAGUGGAACUGGCGGCCAAGCCAAAGCUGUUGCUGUUCUUGGAUGAACCUACCAGUGGUCUCGAUUCUCAGAGUUCUUGGGCUAUCUGCAAUUUCCUCCGCAAGCUGGCUGACUCAGGCCAAGCCAUCCUGUGCACAAUCCAUCAACCCAGCGCCAUUCUGUUCGAGCAAUUCGAUCGUUUGCUCUUUUUGGCACGUGGCGGCAAGACCGUGUACUUCGGCCCCAUUGGAGAAAACUCCCGGACGCUGCUUGACUACUUCGAGUCCCACGGCGCCCCCCCUUGUGGCGACCAGGAGAACCCGGCCGAGUACAUGCUUGAAGUUGUGAAUGCGGGCACCAACCCGCAAGGCGAAAACUGGUUUGAUUUGUGGAAGGGAAGCAAGGAGGCCGCCGAGGUGCAGGCCGAGAUUGAUCGUAUCCACGAGGCGAAACGCGGGCAGGGGGCAGGCAGCGAAAGUGCCAACCCCGAUGACCGCGAGCUCGAGGAGUUUGCCAUCCCGUUCUUCCAGCAGCUCCCCAUUGUCACCACCCGGGUUUUCCAGCAGUACUGGCGACUGCCCAUGUACAUCGUGGCCAAGAUGAUGCUUGGCCUGUGCGCCGGGCUGUUUAUCGGUUUCUCCUUCUUCAACGCCGAUAGUUCGCUGCAGGGCAUGCAGAAUGCGAUCUUCUCGGUGUUUAUGCUGUGUGCCAUCUUCUCCUCGCUCGUGCAGCAGAUCAUCCCCCUCUUCAUCACUCAGCGGGCGCUCUACGAAGUGCGCGAGCGGCCGUCCAAGACCUACUCGUGGAAGGCGUUCAUGAUUGCCAACAUCGUCGUUGAGAUCCCGUACCAGAUCGUGAUGGGCGUCAUCGUGUUCGGCUGCUACUACUAUGCGGUGGACGGGAUCCAAUCGUCGGACCGACAGGGCUUGAUCCUGUUGUUCUGCUUGCAGUUCUUCAUCUACGCCAGCACCUUCGCCGACAUGGUCAUCGCCGCCCUCCCGGACGCCGAAACCGCCGGCGCCAUCGUGACCCUGCUGUUCUCCAUGGCCCUGACAUUCAACGGUGUGAUGCAGACACCCGAAGCACUCCCGGGCUUCUGGAUCUUCAUGUACCGCGCCUCGCCGUUCACAUACUGGGUCGGCGGCGUGGUCGCGACGCAGAUGCACGGCCGCGCCGUCCAGUGCAACGCGGCGGAGACGGCGGUCUUCAACCCGCCGUCCGGCCAGACCUGCGAGCAGUACUUGGCCAAAUACAUGUCCGUGGCGCCGGGCUACCUGAACAACCCGAAUGCGACGUCGUCGUGCGAGUACUGCUCGGUCUCGGUGGCGGACCAGUACCUGUCGAGCGUGAGCAUCCACUGGGACGAGCGGUGGCGCAACUUCGGGAUCUUCUGGGUGUAUAUCGUAUUCGACAUCGCCGCGGCGGUGCUGCUGUAUUACUGCUUCCGGGUGAAGAAGUGGGAUUUCUCGUUCGGCAAGGGCAAGAAGAAGGAGAGCAGCAAGAAGCAAUAG